GGAGUGCGCCAGGGCGCGUGCGCGCGCGUGUGUGAACCGCGUCGAAGCGCGAGAGAGGGGUUCCCCUUUCCAACAGUACGCACGGAGCGGAGGGGCUGACAGAUGUGUUUUAAUGAGUGAAAACUAAGACAACAAACAAGUAGGAAGUGCCACAGAGGACCGACUGAACACCUGAAGUCAAUCUGCGUUUCUGGAAGUGAAAUGACCAGAUUGGAAGCUUAAAGUGAAUCGGGGUUUUUGCGCCUUUUCGUCGUGCGCUCUCACGACGGAUUUCGGUCUCCAAUGCCAAAAGAGUACAGGAGAAAGACCUCUAAAGACUUCGGCAUUACUGGGACUUCAGUAAACGAGGGGUCACGCUUGGAGCGAAGAACAGCUGGGAAGUCAUCCCAGAUUUGCGAUGAUCUCAUUCACAAAGCCGCUCAAGUCGCCCAGUCGUCCGCAACCGGAGCGACCACUGUGAUGGAUGCGCGCCGGGUACCGCAGGUCACCAUCACCCCGGAGGGAGGUGGCUCCUCUCGGGAGAUACAGCAGGAGGACUGGGGUGAUGUAGUGGACGGUGCCCUGCGGAGGAAACUAUCCAACUCUUCCAUCUCCUCCACCGGGUCCUCUGCUGUAGAGUCCGAGGAUGACUUACUCAGCGACAACGAGAGCAAAAGCAAAGGCAUCGUCACUCUGGAGCACCUGGUGGACGCGGGAGAGAGCAAGCCUUGGUGGAAGUUGAAGACCAUCGUACACUGGCCUUUCAGUGCUACACAGAGGAGAAAACUGAACUGGGUUCAGCUUGCUGGGCAUAAAGGUAAUUUCAAAGCAGCAGAUGAAGGCAACAUCUUGAAAAAGUUCUCAGAAAACGAGAUGCAGUGUUUCGAGAAGCUGAGGGAUGACGCGCUGCUCCCGUACGUGCCCGGUUACCACGGUGUGGUGGAAAAAGAUGGAGAGUCUUUCCUUCAUAUGACUGACCUGCUGGCAAACUUUGAUCUUCCCAAUGUUAUGGACUGCAAGAUGGGAGUGAGGACAUACUUGGAGGAGGAGCUUGUCCGGGCACGGGAACGGCCCAAGCCGAGGGAGGACCUGUACAAGAAAAUGGUGGAGGUUGACAGCGAAGGGCCGACUCCCCAGGAGCAUUCCCAACGUGGUGUCACCAAGCCUCGCUACAUGCAGUGGAGGGAGACCAUGAGCUCCACCAACACCUUGGGCUUUAGGAUAGAAGGGAUCAAGAAAUGUGACGGUACAUGUCGAACUGACUUCAAGAAAACCAGAUCGAAGCAGGAUGUCAUCCAAGUGUUCAAGGACUUCGUUGGAGGGAACGCCAGCAUCAUAAAGUCUUACCUGAGCAGGCUGACAGAGAUCCAGCAGGCCCUGAAGAUGUCAGAGUUCUUCAAGCAACACGAGGUCAUUGGCAGCUCUCUCCUCUUUAUCCACGAUCACACAGGCAAUGCCCAGGUCUGGAUUAUUGACUUUGGCAAGACUACAGCUUUACCAGAGGGCCAGACGUUGAACCAUGACAUUCCUUGGCAGGAAGGCAACAGGGAGGAUGGCUACCUGUGGGGGCUAGAAAACCUCCUCCACACACUGGAGUCUGUAAGCAUUGAAGGGACAAGCGAAGAAACUUUUUGCUCAGUUACCAAAGAAAAUAGCCAAACUACAGAGGGAGAUGGUCAGUGACCUUUGACUUGUAGAUGGGUGAAAAGAACUAUUUCAGUGGACACCAGAGAGGAUGUUGAUUUGCUCGAGAUGCUCUAUGAGCAAUGUUAAAAAUAGGACAGAAAUGCUACAACAAGAAAAAAAAACGUUUAGUGUAUAUAAAGCCACUGACAAGAAAGCAAAUGAACUGACACUAAUUCAACUUCCUACAAAAUGAACAGAAGUGAAAGUGUAGGGAUUCUGCAUUUCAGUUUUAGGGAUGGGUUGUUACAUGUGAAAGAAAUACUGAUGAAAUUUCAAUUAAAACAGGGAGAAAGUGAAUCACACGUCACAAUCUUAUUACCACCAGACCCCCUGACCUGAUGUUAACAUCUGUUAAAGGAGAAAUUUGGUGCAGUAUGACUACACAUAUACACAUAAUACAUUGUCAUUAAAUGUAUAAAGAUUAGAGUGUAUCACUGUUCUGACAGACAUAUCUUUUAUUGUAUCUCAAUUUAUAUUUCUUUCACUCGUUUUAUUCCUGUAAUCCAACUUUAAUUUAAACUCAGAACUUCAAAUUUAACUUUAAUUAUUUUGAUUUCUUGUGUUGCACAUUCUUUUGGUCUUGGUCAAAAAUGUUCUGCAAAUGAAAUUAAUGAAAAUGUAUAUGAAAUUUAAAAAAAAAGGGAGAAUAAUGAUACUUUUAUGUUCAAUAGUAAAACACUAUUGUAAUCUGUUCAUAUGUUAAUCAGGACUGAGUUCACUCAUUUGUCAUGUUGUACCACUGGGACAAAACUCUGUAACUGAUCAAACUCACAUGAAUCAGAGAUCAAUAUAUGUUGAUUUAUUUGGGGCACAGUUAGGUUAGAUGAAAGUGAAAGACUGUACAUUGCAUAGAAUGCAUUUUUGGUUGAGGCAAACACCCUCAGCUACAUAAAGAAUGCAGAAAAAAAAAACAUUUCAGUGAGUGUGAAAUAAAAUGCACCCGGCCAUAAAAAAUAAACACUGUGAACAAGA